GUUUGUAGGUCACGGGCUGCUUGACUACCAAUACCUAUAUAGCCACCGCUGCCUCCCAUUUCCCCUCUCUUCCUUUCUUCUGUAUCUUCCAGUUACAGCAGACGUGUCAUUUCAAAAAGCACCGCUCAACAAAAGCUCUUAACUCAAGACCUCUCUCUCUCUCAGCAUCAGAAUUUAUUCUUUUGCUUCUACCUCUUUACCAUCUUCAGCAUGGCUUCAACUACCACUUCCUCUGGCUGCUCUAGCAUGCCCAUCACCAACAAUACUACUACCUCUGGCAGAUCGACUUCAUCCUCGAACCUGACCUUUGGAUUAGAGUAUGAGUUCAAGCUCCGAGUCACCGCCGAGCAGCUCCAACAAGAACUCAGAAGCAAUCCCACGACCAGCAAUAUCGAAGUCGUCACCAACCCUGGUCGAGUCCGUCUGUCCAAAGCCGGACCCCAGUAUUUGCAGAACGAUUACCUCAAUUUUGCCUUCCGCGACCCCGGUAAUCAUCCACAGAGCACUACACUCGUGAGCAAGACCACCGGAAAGCAAUGCGACUUUCGUGGAUACACCACAGAAGCUCUCAAAAUUGUUCAGAGAUGCCUGCAGGCCAUUCCGGACUACCACAGUACAACAAUAUAUCAGGGUGCAAGCAAACAGCAAGACUUCUCGUCCGCUCGCCUGCAUCUCACAAACGACACCAGUCUGAAUGGCCUCACCAACGCCACCAAGGUCUCGAGAGGCCUAUGCACCCCUGAAGAGGCCAAUACCACCGACUUCAUCGCCUGCGAGAUCGUGACUGCCCCUCACUCAUCGCUUGAAGAAGCCUCCGAAGAGAUCGCCAAAGUCUCCACCGCCCUGUGUUCCGACCAUCUCGACUAUCACAUGGACGAUGAAUGCGCUAUGCAUAUCCACGUCGGUAAAGAAGAUGGUACACCAUUCAGCCUGAAGACUCUCCAGCACCUGGCUUACCUCGUACUUGUAUACGAACACGAGGCUGCUCGUUGGACAAUUCCUCGCAACCGUGGUGCUGAUUUCGAGACGGCGUCAAACCGUGUCGAUUUUGCAACCGAAUGCCCAGCCCCAGAGCCGCAUCACGCCUAUAUCUGCGACGAAGCUGGCGCCAUCACCGAAGGAUCUGUAGAAGUGAUAUGGAAUUACCAGUCGCUCGCAGAGAUCCGCAAGGCCCUGUUCGACGACGUCGAUGCCGCCGAAGACCCACUCAAAGCAUUUGUCAAGCUCAUGGGAUCAACCAAAGGCCGCAUUGUCAACUUCUCCUACUGCGGUCGCGACAUCACCAACAACGAACCGGCUGCCACCGUCGAGUUCCGUCAGCACCAAGGUACUCUCGACAGCGGCGACGUUCUCCAUUGGGGCCGUCAUUGUACCGCCCUCGUCGCUCUUGCCGAAAAGUACGCCACCACGAACACCCAGUGCCCCAUCACCGCCUGGACCGACACCAUCGACAUUGAACAACUAUGGAGGGAAAUGACUCUGCCCGAGUCAACCAGACAUUUCUAUCGCUGUCGCAUCCAGGAAUUUGAUGCGCGUUGGCCCGACGUGCACCCGACUCCUCUAUGCGAACCCGACAUGGUUUUCGAUGACGAUUUUUCUUUCUCUGACGACGAGGAGUCCGAGGACUCUGAGCCGGACAUGACUGAAGCCGAAGUACAGGAGAACAUGGUUGUUGUUUGAAUUAUUGUGUGAGCAUUUUGUUUUUAUCUUGUAACUCU